AUGCCCUCUAAAGUGAAAACCAUCAUCUCAACCAUCGGCUCUAUCGCCGCCGCCACUAUGGUGGUACGCAAAAUGGCCCGUCAUUACUUGCCACCUGAAUUCCAAGACUACAUUUAUAUCGGUUUACGAAACUUCAUAAAGAAAAAGUUAUCCAAACACUUGACCAUGGUAAUCUAUGAAUCCGAUGGGUUUCACGAAAACGAAAUCUAUAACGCCAUUCAAUUCUAUGUUGCUGCUAGAAUGUCUACAGACAUCCAUCGACUGAAGGUCAGCAAAACUCGUAACGACAACAACAUCGCGGUUGCCAUGGAAGUCAACGAGGAGUUCACCGAUAUUUACAAGGGUGUCAAACUCUACUGGUCUUCGGUUUCCAAGAAGACGCCGACUAAACAAUAUAACAGUCACAAUGACAUGAAAUCUUCUUCCCGAACAACUAGACAUUCGUUGGAACUCACGUUUCAUCGAGAUUACAAAGAUCUGGUGCUGAACGACUACUUGCCGUUUGUACUUAAGGCUUCAGAGAUGAAGAAACAGGAACAAAAAACCUUGAAAUUAUUCACGGUGUCGUUGUAUUCAAGACCACCGAAUUGGAUGUCGGUGAAUCUUGACCAUCCGGCGAACUUUACCACGUUGGCAAUGGAUUCCGGUAUAAAGGAGAAAGUGAUAAAGGAUUUGGAUAGAUUUGUGGAGAGAAGAGAGUAUUAUCGGAAAGUAGGAAAGGCAUGGAAAAGAGGUUACCUGUUGUAUGGUCCACCCGGGACAGGAAAAUCAAGCUUGAUCGCCGCCAUGGCUAAUUACUUGAAUUUUGACAUCUAUGACUUGGAGUUGACUAAUGUCCAUUCAAAUUCGGAUCUACGGGCGUUGUUGUUGGCAACGACUAACCGGUCUAUACUCGUGGUGGAGGACAUUGAUUGCUCGGUGGCGUUGCACGAUCGGGUGGCCAGAGAGACGGUGAAAGAAUCAUCCCUCAUAAGGCUUUACCCAAAAGAAAAUAAAGUAACCUUAUCGGGAUUUCUCAAUUUAAUUGACGGGUUAUGGUCAAGUUGUGGAGACGAACGGAUCAUCAUCUUCACCACAAACCGUAAGAACAAACUUGACCCUGCUCUUCUUCGUCCUGGUCGUAUGGACGUUCAUAUACACAUGUCAUAUUUAACACCAUGCGGAUUUCGUCAGUUGGUUACUAACUAUCUUGGAAUCACACAACAUAGUCUCCUAAAACAAAUAGACGAUUUUAUGUGUGAGAUAAAAGUUACACCCGCUGAAAUAGCAGAGCAACUACUCAAGGAUGAUGAUCCAGAUAUCGUUUUGAGUGGUCUCAUCGAGUUCUUUGAUGUUAAGAGGAAGGAGAAUGAAGAGGCAGAGGUUGAGGUUGACCCUGGGGCUGGAGCUGAGGCUAAGCCUAAGGCAAAGGCGAAGGCGAAGAAGGGAAAAGAGAAAGAAUUGGGUGUAAAAGAGGACGAAAGCAACCUACAAAGUGCUUAA